AUGUUGUUCUUCGGCACCGGAGUCCAGAGCCCGCGCCGUCGCAAUAAGGAAAAGGCAAUUUUCGUCACGGUUGUCAUCAUCUACGCUCUAUACUUUCUGUUCUUUACGAAAAAAUCCACGGACCGAGAGUCGGCUGUUUCGGUCCAUCAUCCGGUCCACGAUGAGGGGGCGAACAGGGACGCGCGUUCGGGGCAGGCAUCUCCGUCGCGCGACACGAGGAUCGAGAAAGAUAUGGUGGUCGCGAGCAUGAAGAGUGAUAAUACCUCGUGGUUGUUCGAGAAUUUCCCCGACUGGCAUAAGAGCGUCUACGUGGUCGACGAUAAGAAUGCGGAGUUGACCGUGCCGCAGAACAAAGGGCGGGAGUCUAUGGUAUAUUUGACAUACAUAAUUGAUAACUAUGACCAUCUACCGGACGUGAUGCUUUUCAUCCACUCGCAGCGCUUCCAAUGGCACAACGACGAUCCCUACUACGACGGAGUCCCCGUGCUCCGUCGUUUCCAAGUGUCUUAUCUCCAAAAGCAAGGCUAUGUCAAUCUGCGCUGUGCAUGGACUCUCGGAUGUCCGGCGGAGAUCCACCCGCACACGGAUACCCACCGUGACGAUGUGCAUGCGGGGGAGUAUUUCAAGAACGGCUUCAUGGAGCUGUUCCCUGGGGUUGACGUACCAGACGAGGUUGGCGUAUCGUGCUGCGCGCAGUUUGGAGUCACGAACUGGAAGGUCCGCGAAAGGCCCAAGAGUGACUAUGUGCGGUUCAGGAAAUGGUUGUCUGAGACGCCACUUAAGGAUGAUCUCAGUGGGCGGAUUAUGGAGUACUCGUGGCAUAUGAUCUUUGGCCAGGGACCCGUGUUCUGCCCCACGGCGGAAGAAUGCUAUUGCAAGGUGUUCGGUUUAUGCGAUCUGACAUGUCCAAACGAAAGGGAAUGCGCUGGGCGCUAUGUGCUUCCGCCUUACUCAACUCUUCCACAGGGUUGGCCGUACAUAGGUUGGAAGGGCCAGCAACAAGAUCCCAGUACUGGACUUCCAGAGACCUAA